AUGCCUAUUGCCGCUCAUUUGAGUUUGCAGCUUGCCGGCGUGGACCGGCCAGUCGGUGCCAUGAUGCGGACCGUGUUUGGGCCCGCCACGUCGCGUGUGGAGAACGGACGCAACGGUCUCGUGGUCGAUCCAGGCGCUGCGCUUCUCGCCGUCGUGGACAUUACAACGCCGACCGACACAACCUGUGCUUCUUCCUCCCCCAGACACGAACCUUUGACGAACGCCCAAGCAGCCAACAAAACACGCGCCGAGCGCGGACGACACCUGCCACACGACUUCACCUGGGCCAGAGGUCCUCUGCUUCUUUCUCUCCCAACCUACCCCGCUCUCCUCGCUACCACAAUGGCGCUCCGUCCCACCUCCAUCCUCUUUGCGCUCUCGCUCGUGUUCACCUUCCUGUGGCAGGCACCGCUGACCGCGGCCGUCAAGUUUGACCUCCACGUCUCCCCAGAGCCUUACUGCGUCUGGAACUUCGCCAAUGAGCACACCCUCGUGAUCGUCACCACCAACGUGCCAAUGGUGCCGGGAAUGCGCGUCGACGUUGAAAUUGUUGACGGUUCGGACCGUGGAAACGUCUACCUUGCCAAGAAGGACCUCAAGGGUGAGACCCGUAUGGCAAUCACCACCCACGAGUCUGCCGACGUCGGCGUCUGCAUGAGGAACGUCCUCAUGGACAGUGAUCCCAAGCUGACAUUCAGUGCCAUUGCCAACCAGGAGUCUCUUUCGUUGAUCGAGGUUGAGAUGCGUAAACUCGAGGCUCAGGUCAAGGAGAUUGUCGACGAGAUGGGCUACCUGCAGCGCCGUGAGAUGCGUAUGCGUGACACCAACGAGAGCACCAACGCCCGCGUCAAGUGGUUUGCCGUCAUCAUUACCAUUGGUAUCAUUUCCCUGGGCGCCUGGCAGCUCUUCCACCUUCGCUCGUUCUUCAAGCGCAAGUACCUCAUUGACUAG